AGGACACAAAUCACUCCCGUUUGAACAAGGGGAACAGCGAGGGAGCUGUCUCCACAAGGGUCCACCUCUCCUGGUUGAUUUCAUAUUGCUCAUUCAUGUGAUUUGAUCAGAGAAUACUCUUUGUGGAGAAAGACAGGAAAGGAAAGGAGGAGAAAGUAAAGAAAAAAAAAGUCUCUGGGUGAUGACAUUUGACCUAACCCUCAGCGAAGCCCGUUCUUGAUCCUAUUGUUUCUUAAAGUGACAUUAGACUUUUUUUUUUUUUGCGCACGCUAGCCCAAAGGGACCUCCAGUCUGAUCUUGCAGUUUUUGUUUGUUUGUUUGUUUGAUUGUUGCACGGUGUUCCCAAACCUGGAUGUUGACAUCUCGCGCUUCUUUUGGCACGUCGCUCUAUUUUGUGUUUCAGAGAGGAAGCGCUAAUAGAGACAAACGCGGUGACACCUGCUCACCCAUACACUUCUCACUGUCUUUUUUAACGGAGCGAUCAAAAGAAGCAAGCGCCGACUGAGACGGUGACAGGAGUCUGUUUUCAUGUUCGGGAUUCAAGACAGCAUUCAAAGGAGCGGGAGUAGUAUGAAAGAGGAGCCCAUCGGUGCCGGGAUGAACACUGUCCGGACAUGGAUGCAGGGUGCCGGGGUGUUGGAUGCGAACACAGCCGCUCAGAGUGGAGUGGGUCUUGCUCGAGCACACUUUGAGAAACAGCCUCCUUCAAAUCUUCGCAAAUCCAACUUCUUCCACUUCGUUUUAGCGCUAUACGACAGACAAGGACAACCCGUGGAAAUCGAAAGGACUUCUUUUGUUGGAUUUAUUGAAAAAGAAAAGGAAUCUACCGGAGAAAAGACCAACAAUGGGAUCCAUUACAGAUUGCAGCUUCUUUACAGCAACGGCAUCAGAACAGAACAGGACUUUUAUGUACGCCUGAUUGACUCCAUGACCAAACAGGUAGGACGUUAUUUCAAAAUCCCCACGGUUGGCUGCCGCUGCUGUGACAAGAAAAGUUGUGGCAAUCGCAACGAGACACCCUCUGACCCGGUCAUCAUUGACAGGUUUUUCCUGAAAUUCUUCCUCAAAUGCAACCAGAACUGCCUAAAGAAUGCAGGGAACCCACGAGACAUGCGGCGAUUUCAGGUGGUGGUGUCUACGACGGUGAGCGUGGAUGGACACGUCCUGGCUGUGUCUGAUAACAUGUUUGUUCACAAUAACUCUAAACAUGGACGCAGAGCUCGCAGGCUGGACCCAUCUGAAGGCAAUCCAUCAUACCUGGAACACGCUACCCCUUGCAUUAAGGCCAUCAGUCCCAGUGAAGGCUGGACGACAGGGGGUGCCACAGUCAUCAUCAUUGGUGAUAACUUCUUUGAUGGCCUACAGGUCAUCUUUGGCACCAUGCUGGUCUGGAGUGAGCUCAUUACCCCUCACGCCAUCCGAGUUCAGACUCCUCCCAGACACAUUCCCGGGGUUGUGGAGGUCACUCUGUCUUACAAGUCAAAGCAGUUCUGCAAAGGUACACCGGGCAGAUUUAUCUACACAGCACUGAAUGAACCCACUAUUGACUACGGUUUCCAGCGGCUACAGAAGGUGAUCCCUAGACACCCAGGCGACCCUGAACGCUUACCAAAGGAGGUGAUUCUGAAGAGGGCAGCAGACCUGGUGGAAGCUUUGUAUGGCAUGCCACACAAUAAUCAGGAGAUCAUUCUGAAAAGAGCAGCGGAUAUCGCAGAGGCGCUCUACAACGUCCCACGUGGACACAACCAGCUGCCAGGUCUGGCCAACAGCUCAGUCCACGCUGGCAUGAUGGGAGUCAACUCCUUCCAUGGCCAGCUCGCUGUCAAUGUCUCUGAGUCCGCACAAGGAGCCAAUCAGGGUUUCAGUCGAAACACAAGCAGUGUAUCCCCUCACGGUUAUGUACCCAGCACGACACCCCAGCAGAGUAGCUACAGUACCGUCUCUAAUAGUAUGAAUGGAUACGGCAACACAGGCAUGACCACGCUGGGAGGGUCGCCCAACUUCCUCAAUGGCUCUGCUGCCAACUCUCCUUAUGCCAUUGUUCCUUCCAGUCCCACCAUGGCCUCCUCCACCAGUCUUCCCUCCAACUGCAGCAGUUCCUCAGGCAUCUUCUCUUUCUCUCCGGCCAACAUGGUGUCUGCAGUCAAACAGAAGAGCGCUUUUGCUCCCGUCGUGCGGCCCCAGGCCUCACCGCCCCCCACCUGCACCAGUGCCAAUGGAAACGGCCUCCAAGUAGAUCAAUCUUUUGUGGACUCUAGCAAGUACUCCACCGCCGGCUCCCUGCAGGGACUGGCCUUCUCCUGAACGAUCCCAGGGAUGAUUGUUCCUCCCAUGUAGGGGCUCCUGGGCCGCUGAAGAGGCACAUUUGAUUUCAGCUCUCGCCAGAGAAUCUACUCUCUGGGCUGAAGGCAAUUUCUGGUGGAGGAGACAUGAAAACUGAACUUUUAAAACUCAGGCCUUUUGACAAAGGAAUCUCAUUUUAUGGGAAGAAAGUGUUUGUUUGCUUUUGUUUUUAAGCCAAUUUCUGGACUGCUGUACCGAAGGACUUUACCCCCCGUGUUUUGCCCAUGCAGAAAGGAGAGAUGGAACUCCUUUUCAUUUUGUUCAUGGGCUUUUUGGAUGAAUUUAUUGAUCACAUGCCUUUUUUACAGACUGUAUCACACAAACCUGACACUUUAGGAGCGGGUGUAUCCGUAAUGUUUCUGAGAGCAGCGACGGGCAACAGCACAGAUCUCUGUUAAUACUGACCAGUUUUUAAAUAAAUAGACACAUUGGUGCAAAAUCCAAAUAAGAACAACGGCCAAUUGUUUGGACACAGAAAAGAAGAGGGGAGGUUGUUUUGUUUUUUUUUGUCCCAGAGAGAAGCCAACAAAUAGUUUGCCAUAAUGUUGUUUGUUUUCAUACAAAAUGAAAUUGUAGCGCCAUACUCACUUCCCUAUUGUUUUUAUUUUUAAGCAUAGAGUCAUACAAAGCAUCUGGGUACCAGCCGGUUUGAAUGGCUAUGAUGUAGGAAAGUUAUUUAAGAGUUAUUAAAUGCUGUCAUGCUGUAAUUUUUCAAUGUCCAGAUCCAUCCUCAAAGAGAAGAAAAAUUGACCCAAUUUCCACAACAAAUCAGUAUUUAUGUUCUUGCAAAUAUUUGCUGCUAAAUAGAGCAGAGAUAUGCAGUAAACAGAUGGACUGAAGGAAAAAGACCUCAGUUGC